AUGGUCAAUGUAGCGUCUCGUUGCGGCCUCACGGAGGUAAACUACCCCCAACUCGCUGCGUUGGAAGUACAGUACAAAGCUCAUGGCUUGCGCGUCCUUGGGUUUCCUUCGAACCAGUUCGCCGAUCAAGAGCCUGGGACCUAUCAAGAGAUUAAGGCUGCUGCUACGUCAUUUGGCGUUUCGUUUCCACUGUUUGCCAAGGCUGAUGUGGCUGGGCCGUCGGCGCAACCAAUUUUCGACUUUCUGGAAGCUCCAAAGUGGAAUUUCACCAAGUAUCUCAUUGGACGGGACCUCCAUCCGUUUCAAUCGUAUGGGCCAAGGACGCCCCCAUUGGAAUGGAACCGGACAUCCUAUCGCUGUUGA